AUGGCCUUCCUCAAGAGAGAUAAGAGGGAUGUGUUUGAUGUUGAGGCAUUUAUAAGGAACUAUGGAUCGCUUACUCCCAAGCGGUAUACCUAUGAAAAUGUCAUGAAAAUGACAGACUCUUUCAGAGACAAAAUAGGUAAAGGUGGAUAUGGAACUGUGUACAAAGGCAGGCUACCUGAUGGGCUUCUGGUGGCGGUCAAAGUCCUAAGCGAGUCCAAGGGUAAUGGAGGAGAAGAUUUUAUUAAUGAAGUUGCUAGCAUUGUUGGUAUUGCGCGAGGACUAGAAUACCUACACUGUGGAUGUAACACAAGAAUUUUGCAUUUUGACAUCAAGCCACAGAACAUUCUUUUGGACAAAUAUUUUUGCCCGAAAGUUGCUGAUUUUGGCCUAGCCAAACUAUGCAAAACGAAGGACAGUAUUAUAUCAAUGAUGGGUACAAGAGGAACUGCAGGAUACAUUGCACCAGAAGUGUUUAGUCGGAACUUUGGAGGAGUAUCUCACAAAUCUGAUGUUUACAGCUACGGGAUGUUGGUUCUUGAAAUGGUUGGAGCAAAAAAGAAUUUGGAUUCGGGAGUGUCUCAUACGAGUGAAAUGUUUCCACAUUAUGUUUAUAAAGAUCUAGAGCUAGAUAAGGAUGAAAAUAUAUUUGGGGAUCCGGAUAUAUCUGAGGAGGAAAAAGAAGUAGCAAGAAAGAUGAUAUUAGAAAUGCCAGUUGAAUUGAAAGAAGUUGGCUUGGUGAAAAUGAAACCGUUUUUGAUUAACCGAAAACUCGAAUGA